CAGACAUCAUUAUGAUGAAUUAACUGGUAGUUUGCUAUUCCCCACGCCAUUGGGUUGACUAUCACCAUUUCCUAUCCAACAGGUAUCUAGAUAAACUUUAUCUGAACCUUAUAUUCAGGUCACGACGUAUUCGCAUCAAUGAAGACCGCCUUCCCAUUACAAACCAAUAUAUUACUGAUCACUCCCCAUCUACCACAUCCUGAUAGCCAUAUCCUUUCCUCAGAUUUGGCAUUGACUCAUCUCUAUUUCAGACUCAUCGAUUUAUUAAUACCUUUUCUUAUUGACAUUAUCAUCACAUACUUUAAACAACUUCAUUUGCCAAACUUCUCCAUUCAUCAUGCCAACCCCAUUGAACCGUCCAAUCAGGCUCUCUGCGGCACCAGAAACUCCCCAGGAGGAAAAGAAGUAUGAGCGCGUUCCUUUUGGAAAAGAAAUGCUCAAACAGUUUUCCUUUGACCCCGAGUAUACAAAUAUCAACCAUGGUAUGACUCAUCCCCACUUUUAUCCUUCAGCUAUUUACCUCUCGGUAAGAAUCACGACCAUGGCUUUGAGCACAAUCAAGGGGAGAUACCGUUCCACGAGCAAUGGAUGGGCGAAGAGAUUAGAUUAUCUCAGAAUGCUUAAAAAACUAAAGAUUUCCGGAUAAUCCUUAACUACCUGCUUAUCUCAACCCUUUCCCAUCGUCACAUAUUUCACAAUCUAUACUUCUCAUGAAAACCAUUCAUCUCGCACUCUCUACACCAGAUAUUAAAGCUGAACCUACUAAUACAAAUACUAGGAUCAUUCGGCGCCUUUCCCAAACCAAUUCGCGACAUUCGUCGUCAAUAUAUGGACGCAGUAGAACUAUCGCCAGACAUCUUCAUCCGGUACACCUACCCCAAACUACUUAAUGAAAACCGUCCCGCAGCUGCCAGGUUUCUCGACGCACCAGAUGAUACAGUAGCUCUCAUUCCAAACGCAACAACAGGGAUAAAUACCGUGCUUAGGAACCUAGAGUGGAACAAAGAUGGGAGAGAUGAGAUUUUGUAUUUUAAUACUAUUUAUGGUGAGUUUAUUUAAGCAUAUUUCACGUUAUUCUUUGAAAUUGAAUAAGUAGAGAGUACGAAUAGAGACUUAUGUCUCGACAAAUAGGUUCAUGCGGUAAUACAAUAUCCUACAUCUGCGAAAGUCUUAACCACCUCGUCAACUCCCGCGGCACAACUCUAACAUACCCCCUCUCGGACGCCCACUACGUCGAACUCUUCAAAUCCACCAUCUCAACCUCCCGCUCCUUAGGCAAAAGACCCCGCCUUGCCCUUUUUGACACCAUCUCUUCGCUCCCAGGUGUGAGAGUUCCAUUUGAAGCCCUCACCAGGGUGUGCAGGGAGGAAGGAAUCCUCUCACUAAUAGAUGGCGCCCAUGGAAUUGGGCACAUCCCUCUCUCGCUUCGAACCUUGGAACCGGACUUUUUCGUUAGUAAUGUGCAUAAAUGGCUUGGUGUUCCGAGAGGAUGUGCGGUUCUUUAUGUACCCGUGAAAAACCAGGGAAUGAUGAGAAGUACGUUACCUACGGGUCAUGGUUUUAAACCAAGAGACGGAAGAAUCGGGAGCAAGAGUUCGUUGCCGCCUGGUGAGGGGAGUGAGUUUGUGGGAGCUUAUGAGAUGGUUGGUGAGUAAUCAAUAUACAUGGACUAGGACCAUCGAAAGUAAACACUAACACACCACCUCCCAACCAGGUUCCAUAGACUCAACCCCCUACCUAACAAUAUCAGCCUCUAUAGAAUGGCGUCUCCAAGCCUGCGGCGGCGAAGAAGAAAUCAGAACCUACUGUAUCGACCUCGCCCAUCGAGGUGGUCAGCUCGUAGCCGACAUACUAGGAACCUACAUUCUCGACAACGAAGAACAUACCAUGACCAAUUGCUGUAUGACAAACGUCCUCUUGCCCCUGACCACUAAACCUCCGUCCCUUAAGUCCGACGAAGAGAAUUAUCAUCUAGUGAAGGAAGAACACGACGUGGAGAUUGUUGAAUGGAUGCAAAAAACGGUCAUCGACGAUCAUAAAAUGUUUAUUCCGGUUUAUUUCAUGCAAGGUCGGUGGUGGACAAGGUUGAGUGCGCAGGUUUAUUUGGAGAUGAAGAGUUUUGAGUGGGCUGGUAGGGCUUUGAAGGAUUUGUGUGAGAGGGUUGGAAGGGGAGAGUUUUUGAAGUAGAGACUGUUAGA